AUGCCUACGAACUCAAAAACUACAGCCCAAGUGUCACCUUCGGCCAUUCUAGUCUCUAAAACAGAUGGAAAUUUUAGAAGUAAAAACGAUAAAUAUCCAUUUUGGUUCGGAGGCAAAUCUUUCUAUUUCAAAUGUUUUGAAACUUCAUCUAUUGUUUCUACAGGUGCCGCAUCAUGUUUUUCGUGUUUAGUUACUCACCCUUUGGAUACAACUAAAGUUCGCAUGCAAACCACCAUUAGUACCAACGAGCUAGGAUCUUUAGGAACUGCGAUCAUGAUAAUAAGAAAAGAAGGAAUCCUUGGUAUAUACAAUGGCAUUUCUGCCAGUAUACUAAGGCAGGCCACAUAUUCCACAAUGAGAUUUGGAAUUUAUGAUAAACUGCGCACUCAUCUAACUAAAAAUGGAGAACCUCUUUCAUUUGCGGCAAAGAUUUUUUGUGCGUCAGCGGCAGGUUGUGUGGGUGGUGCAUUUGGUAGCCCUGCAGAUCUUGUUAUGGUAAGAAUGCAAAAUGAUGCCAAAUUACCAUCGGAAUUAAGACGGAAUUACAAGAAUGCAUUCGAGGGUCUCUUUAGAAUUUAUAGAGAGGAAGGAAUGAUGGGUCUUACAAGAGGGAUAGGCCCAAACGUUAAUCGGGCCAUUUUGAUGAACUCUGCGCAGUUGGCAUCUUACGAACAGUUUAAACAAUUGUUAUUAGAAACCGAAUAUUUUCAGGAUAAUAUAAUCACUCAUUUUACCUCCAGCUUGAUGGCAGGACUGGUGGCCACGACUAUAUGUUCGCCUGUUGACGUUAUUAAGACGCGUGUCAUGAAUUCUGGAUCCAAACAAAAGCAAAAUAUUAUGACAAUGCUUAAGACAAUAAUCGUCCGAGAAGGACCAUUUGCAUUAUUCAAAGGAUGGGUGCCGGCGUUUGUGAGAUUAGGACCACAUACAAUAGUGACAUUUUUGGCCUUGGAACAAAUCAAGGGUUUUUAUAAUAAACGUAUAGAGCUCAGAAUGAAAGCUACCGUUUAA